AUGGACUCGCCUACCCCAUUGUGCCUUGCCCCCACGAACUCGUUCCUAUCUAGCCCGCCACCUAUUGAGACUGGCAGAGUCUGUCCACCCCCUUCUCUGGAUGCUAGAGUUGUUCCCAAGGCCCGCUUCCUGUUGAAGAUUGACAUUAUUGUCCUUGGUUAUGUGUCUGGCGCCUAUAUCCUGGCCUAUAUGGACCGUGGCAAUAUCGGUAACGCAAACGUCGCUGGUAUGUCUAAAGACCUGGGCAUCACCGACGGCCAGUACCAGUGGCUCUUGACUGUCCUCUAUCUCGGAUACAUUCUGUUCGAUUGGCAGACUGUUUUCUACAAAAUCUUCCCUGCUCGCUACUAUGUGCCCACGGUUAUCAUCAUCUGGGGUAUCAUCGCAGGCGCCUGUGGUGCCGCCCAGAACUUUGCUGGCAUGCUUGUCCUACGUCUGCUUCUUGGCAUCUUCGAGUCUGCCUACGCACCUGGCCUGGCUUAUUUCUUCUCCUUCUUCUAUUACCGCAAGGAGAUGGGUCGCCGGCUAGGAUGGUACGUGUCCAUUGCACCGUUGGCUGCGUCUUUCGCUGGUGCCUUUGCAUUUUUUGUCACCUUGCAUCACCACGCCAUUGCUGGGUGGCGCGCCCUGUUCCUUGUCGAGGGUCUUCCUGCCAUUGCGGUCGGUCUGUUUGGCUAUUACUGGCUGCCCAGUAAUGCCCUCGACUGCCAGUUCCUCAACGAAACGGAGCGCAAGAUUGCGGCCGCUCGUACCAUUCGUCAGACCGGCAACCGCGAACGUGGGCAUACCGUCAACCUCAAGGAUAUGUUAGGGUCCCUUCUUGACCUCAAGAACUGGGUCCCUACCAUUAUAUAUUUUAUGAUGAAUGUUGGGUAUUCGUCGCUUCCUAUCUAUAUCCCUACAAUUCUUCAGGGUAUGGGCUAUUCGUCCAUCCACGCCCAGGGCUUGUCUGCUCCGCCAUACCUCUUUGCCUGUCUCAUUGUCCUGCUUGUUGGGCACUUGUCGGACAGAUUCCAGCGUCGUGGUAUUUUCCUAGCAAUCUGCUCUGGCACGGGUGCUAUUGGCUACCUAGUCUUGGUUCUUGUUCACAACGUCGGAGUCAAGUACUUUGCACUUUUCUUGAUUACAGGAGGUCUUUACCCCUGUAUCGGCCUCGUACUGUCUUGGGUUGCCAACAACAAUGGAUCCGACUCUAAGCGUGGUGCUGGGUUCAUCCUCAUGAACUUUGUCGGCCAAUGCGGCCCCCUUUUGGGUACGCACAUCUUCCCUGCCUCUCAAGGCCCGCUCUACAAAAAGGGAUUCUACAUUUCAUUCGGGGCUUGCACAAUUGCAAGUUGUUUGUCCAUUGUGCAAAUCUUCCAGCUUAUGUAUCUUAAUAAGAAACUUGACGAGAAAUAUGGCCCUGCUCGACAGGCUGUUCACACCGAAGACGAGAUUGGUGAGGAGACAGAUGGUAAUGAAAACUUCCGUUAUAUUCUAUAA